CCAAGCCCAGCGCGGUUCAUAGGAGUGUCGCUCUGCUGUUUCGGCUCCAGAAGAAAGUUGGACGUGUUCGCGGUGCGACCCUCAUUCAUCCGCUCAAUUAACAUCUAAUUAGCCUUCAAAGCUGGAGCCGGGGCGGCGUGUGUCAUCCAUCACAGCCCGGAGAGCCUGAUUACCGCUUCCCCCGGACCACCGGAGGCUGAUUACCGCUCCGCCCGGACCGCUGGAGAAAUAACCUGCGCUAAACGCGGAGGAGGAGGAGGACAUGGCAGACUUUGAAAUCGACGUGGAGAGCCUGGAGGCGGAGAGCGACGAGCUGCCGGACGACUCGAUGUGCUGCAGCCGGCCGGGCUCCGCGCCGAUCGGCGAGGACGACGGCGACGGGGACGGCGGAAAGGGCGACGGCAAGCCGGGCCCCAGCGGCCUGAGCUCGGGCGACCAGAGGAAGCUCAGCCGUACGCCGAAAUGCGCCCGCUGCCGCAACCACGGCGUGGUUUCCUGCCUGAAGGGCCACAAGCGCUUCUGCAGGUGGAGGGACUGCCAGUGCGCCAACUGCCUGCUGGUGGUGGAGAGGCAGCGGGUGAUGGCGGCGCAGGUGGCCCUGAGGAGGCAGCAGGCCACGGAGGAUAAGAAAGGGAUUUCUGGGAAACCGAUUCCAGCGGAGAGGAGGAUUUAUCAGCGACACAUCCGACCCUCGACGAUGCUCGCCAAAAGCAUCCUAGAAGGAUACCGUCCGGUGCAGCCGGAUCCGUUCCUGGCGCCCAACGCCGCCCUUCCUCCGCCGCUGAGCGACCGCAUGAGGAAGAGGAGGGCCUUCGCCGACAAGGAGCUGGAGACCAUCAUGCUGGAGCGCGAGUACAAAGAGCGGGAGGUUCUGGAGAGCAACCAGGCGGCCGCCGGGCCGCUGCUGUUCCCGGCCAGCCUGGUCCACCACGCCGCCGCCGCAGAGUUCAGCGCCUACAAGGCCGGCUUCUCUCCGGCGCCUCAGGUGGAGCAUCAACCCAAAGAUCUGUGCGGCUUCCUGGGCUCCGGCUGCCUGGACCUGCCAGCGCCGUAUCCCAGCAGUGCCGCCAACGUCGAGUUGAUCUCCUCCAACGUCAGCGUGGCCACCACCUACCGCCAUUAUCCGCUGCAGCCGUCACGCGGCGCCAACCCCGGCGGCGGCGGUUUUGUGAUGUGGCCCCGCGGCGCCACCAACCUGGGGGACGCUCUGCUGUAUCAGCAGUGCCUGUUCAACGCCACGGCGGUGCAGAACAUGAAGCCGGGCGCCGUGUGGGAGCCUAAAGUGAUGCCUGCCGAGAGCCAGCCGCCGGAGCAGGAGGCGGCAGCCGCGCUCGCUGCCAAACUGGAGGGGUCCCGAGCAGCCGCCCUGCUGGACCCCAAACCUCCUAACGCCUCCCAAAUGAAGGAGUGCUCGGCCUUCUCUCCUCCAAAACGUAGCUUCGGACACUCCUUCCCCAGCAACAGUCAUUCCCACAACCCGAAGCUGAGCAAGGACGGCGCUAAGCUGUCCAUGAAACUCGACUCCUUCCACAGCCUGGUCCAGAACUCGCGGGCGGGGAAACCCGGCGGGCCGGACCUGAGAGCGCCGUACUGCAGGGAGCUGCUGGAGGAGGCGGCGCGCAAGUUCAGGGAGGGAAACGGCAAGGACGUAUCGACCAAACCUAUGGGGAACAAAAUGGCGUCCGGCGAGUCUCUGUCCUUCUCAGUGGAGGCCAUAUUGAAACGGCCGGCGGUGAGCCGAGCAUUCCACUGACUCUGACCAGGAUCCAUCUUUUUGCACUACAAAAUGUUUUGGGCUCAAAUGAAAACAUAAGCACUGCUUAAAAAAAACAGUGUGAACUUUGUUUCUCUGUAACAUAAAUGUACAGGAUAUGAUAUUUUACAUGUGCAUGUUUUAAUAAUGUUAUUGUAUAGAGUAUUUAAACCGAUGUUUAUCGUUUCUCAUGUCAAUAAACUGUAAAAAUCAUCUCAAUUUUAUUUUCAACUUGAAUCAAAGCAAGAGUUUUAAUGCCACUGCAAAAUAUCUAAAAAUAUUUAAAUUACUGAUUACACAACAAAUGUUUCAACACUUAAAAACUGAAUUUUAAUUUACAGUUUUACCAAAUGCACUAAAUGACCUCAUUUUCAAAUGAGAUGGAAAUUAUUUUUAACUAAGGCUGAAACGAUUAAUCAGAUUAAUUGAUUAAUUAAAUAACUGAUUUAGUCAUUGAUUAAUCGCUAACUGGAGCAUUCAGACUCAAAACCCAUUAACUGACGGGACAAUGUACCCAGAGCAGCAGUUAAGCCAAAACUGUACCAAACAUGUAUAUAUUGAUUGAUUUGUUGAUUGAUUGAUUGAUAUAUUGCAUUUAUGAUAAAAAAACAUUUUUGUUCCUGUAAUGUUCUACUCAGAUUUCUUCAGGUGGCAAUUUUAAUUUCAUCUGUUUGAAAAUCUGCAAAAAAUAACAAAAAAACUUCUAAUCACAUUUUUCUGUCCAAUUAUUAAUCAGAAUAAUUACUGAUCGAACUUUUCACAUGUACAUAUUUAUGUAUUUUUUAGCUGCAAUAUAUCUUUUGCUACAAAUGAUCAAUGAUUCACUAAAGGAAUAUACGUUAUUGUAUUUAUGCAAUAAAAUGUAAUUAUUUAUUUACA